ACGCUUGCCAUGGAUUCCCUUGCUCUUCAUCUUCAACCUCUUGGCAUGGCCAUGCUGUUCGCAAUCCCACUCAUGUUUCUCCUGGGACUGCUCUCUCGAAUCCGCAAAAGGCCACCCUUCCCUCCGGGUCCCAAAGGCCUUCCCCUCAUAGGCAACAUGACGAUCAUGGACCAGCUAACCCACAGAGGCCUGGCCAAGCUGGCCAACCUGUACGGCGGCGUACUCCACCUCCGCAUGGGCUUCCUCCACAUGGUAGCCAUCUCCGACGCUGACGCCGCUCGCCAGGUGCUUCAGGUGCACGACAACAUCUUCUCCAACCGCCCCGCCACCAUAGCCAUUAGCUACCUCACCUACGACCGAGCAGACAUGGCUUUCGCUCACUACGGUCCCUUCUGGAGGCAGAUGCGCAAGAUCUGCGUCAUGAAGCUCUUCAGCCGGAAGCGCGCGGAGUCGUGGCAGUCGGUACGAGAUGAAGUGGAGACGGUGGUCCGAACGGUGGGGGCGAAUACGGGGAAGGAAGUGAAUAUCGGCGAGCUGGUGUUUUCGCUGACGAAAAAUAUAACGUAUCGGGCGGCUUUCGGGUCGAGCUCUCGGGAGGGACAGGACGAGUUCAUUGGAAUACUCCAGGAGUUCUCCAAGUUGUUUGGAGCUUUCAAUAUAGCGGACUUUAUACCGGGUCUCGGGUGGGUUGACCCCCAGGGGCUCAACGCCAGACUGACCAAGGCUCGUGGCUCACUGGACAGCUUCAUCGACAACAUCAUCGAGGAACACAUAGCGAACAAGAAGAAGCCAGAUGAAGAAGGAGAUAUGGUGGACGAGUUGCUGGCCUUUUACAGCGAGGGCGAGUCUAAAGUCAGUGAAUCGGACGAUCUACAGAACUCCAUCAAACUCACCAAGGAUAACAUCAAAGCCAUCAUUAUGGACGUGAUGUUCGGAGGGACGGAGACGGUGGCGUCGGCAAUAGAGUGGGCCCUAGCGGAACUAAUGAGAAGCCCGCAAGAUAUGAAGCGGGUCCAACAAGAAUUGGCAGAGGUGGUGGGCCUUGAUCGGAGAGUGGAAGAGUCUGACCUGGAGAAGCUGACGUAUCUGAAAUGCGCUCUGAAAGAGACGCUGCGCCUCCACCCGCCGAUCCCCUUGCUCCUCCACGAGACGGCGGAAGACGCCGUGGUUUCGGGCUAUUUCGUUCCGAAGAAGUCACGUGUGAUGAUCAACGCCUGGGCCAUUGGGAGGGACCGCAAGGCCUGGCAGGACCCCGACAGCUUCAAGCCGUCGCGCUUCCUCGAGGAAGGCGUCCCCGAUUUCAAAGGGAGCAACUUCGAGUUCAUCCCUUUCGGGUCGGGUCGGAGGUCCUGCCCGGGGAUGCAACUGGGGCUCUAUGCCUUGGAAAUGUCCGUGGCUCACCUGCUCCAUUGUUUCUCGUGGCAGUUGCCGGACGGCAUGAAGCCGAGUGAGAUGGACAUGAGCGACAUCUUCGGACUCACCGCUCCCAGGGCGAGUCGGCUCCUCGCCGUCCCCACAAAGCGCUUGGUGCGCCCUCUCUUUUAGGGGCAGCUCGCAUUGUGCGUGAGCCCGGGGAACAGGUCUGCUUUCUGUGUUUUAUCCUUUUUUUUUUUUUAAAAGAAAGAAAUUAUAUUUCAAUUACACAUAAAUAUGAAGGGAAGGGAACUGUCAUGAAAAAGAAGAAAAAGGACGGAAAACGGCAAUAAUUGUAUAGGUGGCAAGAGGGGGAGGGUCGUAUGGAAGGAUUUGAUUCUCCCUCUUAUGUGGAUAAGCUUUGUAUGAAUUCCUACUGUAAUAAUCAUAAUCUCCCCCGCA